ACAAUGCCCUAUGCAAGAAUUAACAUGGCGUCUAUGGUGCUGUUUUGAUCAUACCGCAAUGGUUUUGAUCCGUGAAUGAAAACAACAAAAUACUGAGCAGGAAGAUUAAGAGAAAUUAGACGUAUUUUAGAGCUAAAAUCUGCAUGUUACAAGUUUCAUUGAACUAGCUGCCUCCCCAUCCUCAAUACAGAGUAGUAGUUUGUUCUCUUCAGCCCGGGUGAGGGAGAGGACUGGAUCGUGGCAUGGAGGAAUCAAAAAGCCCCCUAAAAUUAAUCAAGCCCUCACGCAAUGAGGACAGGGGAGCCACAGCUCCGUCCUCCACCAGCUCCAGGUCCCUGAAAGAGGCUCCAGCGACACAGAGAGAGGGGUCUGGCCCCAAGCCUGCCACUGCCUGCCGGAGCAAGGAGAACAUCACCACAGCCAGGGAGGACCAUAAGGACCAAGGCAGUAACCGUGGGACAGGCAGAGCCUCCACGGCCAGCCCUCAGGACCCAGGGAGAGGGAAGCCUCGCAGGCUGACUGGGAGGACCAGCUCUGGGGAGAGGAGGAAGGGGAAGGUGGGACUGGGAGGCCAGCAGCAGGCUUGGCAGGGGGGUGAUGCUAGGCCCAUGGUGGCUUCAGACAGGAGUCCGGCUGGUGGAGGGAGAGACACAGGGGCAGGUACGGUGUCCAACUCAUCUGACGAAGUCCUUACUGCACAGACCAAGACCUCCAAGAUGGGGCCGUUGAAGGAGAAGUCACCUGGUGUGAAGGCCAGUGCUGUGUUGGAGACAGGGCAACCUGCUGUGGAGGGGUCAGCGGUCAAUGAGGAGGGUCAUGGGAGGAACAUGACCUCUGAGCAGAAGCUGGGUCUCAGACAGGCUGAAGAUCGCCUGUACAGAGACUACAUACACAGACUGGUCAAGCGGUCUCCAGAGUACCCUAACUUCCAGUACCUAUGCAAGCUAUGUUCAAUACACAUAGAGAACAUACAGGGGGCACACAAACACAUCAAGGAAAAGAGACACAAGAAGAGCAUCAUGGUGAGAGAAAAAGAGAAGCAGGAGGAGAACGAGCUGCGUGCGCUGCCUGCCCCCUCCCCAGCCCAGCUCAGAGCCGUGGACGCAGCCGUCCUUCAGGUCACCCAACAACAUGGUAUCUCUGACCAGGACUUCCUGAUGCGAAAGGAAGUGGUCACCAGGAUGGAGAUCAUCAUCCAGCAGCACCUCUCGGUUUGCGCCCUCCGCCUCUAUGGCUCCUGUCUCACCCGAUUUGCCUUCAAGACAAGUGACAUCAACAUUGACGUCACCUACCCCUCCACUAUGACUCAACCAGAUGUGCUGAUACAAGUAUUGGAAAUCGUGAAGAACAGUGCUCAAUAUUCUGAGGUUGAGUCUGACUUUCACGCCAAAGUUCCGGUAGUGUUUUGCAGAGAUGUCAACAGUGGGUUGAUGUGCAAGGUGAGUGCAGGUAAUGAUGUGGCCUGCCUCACCACCAACCACCUGGCUGCCCUAGCUAGACUGGAACCCAGACUGGUGCCUCUGGUCCUGGCCUUCCGCCUCUGGGCUAAGUUGUGCCACAUUGACUGCCAGGCAGAAGGGGGAAUCCCGUCCUACUCCUUCUCCCUCAUGGUCAUCUUCUUCCUCCAACAACGCAGAGAGCCCAUCCUUCCUGUCUACUUCGGCUACUGGAUCGAAGGCUUUGAUGUGAAGGCUGUGGAUGAGUACCAUCUAACAGGGAUAGAGAUGGAUAUAUUUGUGGGGUGGGAGCACCGGCCCCCCAGUACAGAGGGACGGGGGGACGGAGGGAAGGUCAAGCCUGAGCAGAAGAAACCAGCUAUGAAGAACCAGCAUACAGAGGGAAUGACGCGCCUGGCCCUGGACCUGGGUAAGGGGGUGUCCCUGGGCCAGCUGUGGCUGGAGCUGCUUCGGUUCUACACUCUGGAGUUUGCCCUGGAGGAACGCAUCAUCAGCAUCCGCCUCAAAGAGCUCCUCUCCAGAGAGAUGAAGAACUGGCCCCGACGAAGGCUGGCCAUCGAGGAUCCGUUUGCCCUGAAGAGGAAUGUUGCCCGCAGCCUGAACAGUCAGAUGGUCUUUGAGUACGUCCAGGAGCGCUUUCGUACUGCCUACAAAUACUUUGCCUGCCCGCAGAGCAAGGACAGGGACACAGGAGGGCGCCAGAGAGGCAAGAAGACAUGCAAACAUGGCGACAUGAAACUGGAGGAAGGAGACGGAAAGGGAGACGAGGUGGCUGAGAAGAGUGGAGGUGGAGAGCGCAAUGGGAAAGAAGGGAACAGUCUGAGCUCUGAGACAGGACAGAUGGAGGAUGAUGAGUUUGAAAGUGAUGAAGAGGUUGGAGCAGAGCGGGCAUUAAACGCUGGCCUUAUGGACUUGGUCCUCAGUGAGGGGUACAGUUCUACAGAUGGGAUUGGAGCUGAGCCUGGCGCUACCCUGGAGUAUUCCUCCGCCUCCCCCUCGCCCCAGAACGGCCUGCUGGACAGUGAUGAAGAGGGGGAAGAGGAAGUUAAGCCUGUGUUUAAGAUGCAGGGACAUAUUGCACCAGAGGACCUGCAUUAUAUAUUUGACAGGAUGAUCUUCACAGGCGGAAAGCCUCCUACAGUCGUGUGCAGCAUCUGUAAGAGAGAUGGCCAUCUGAAGGACGAUUGUCCUGAGGACUUCAAGAAGAUCGAGCUCAAACCGCUGCCUCCCAUGACCGAUCGCUUCAGAGACAUCCUGGAUGGCCUUUGUAGACUCUGCUACCAUGAGCUGUCCCCCUCUCUUGGAGAGCAGCAGAAGAGAGAGCAGGUCAUGAGUAGUCUGGAGAGGUUUAUACGAAAGGAAUACAAUGACGAGGCCCAGCUGUGUUUGUUUGGCUCCUCCAAGAACGGCUUUGGUUUCCGUGACAGUGACCUGGACAUCUGCAUGACCUUGGAGGGCCACGACACCGGAGAGAAGUUGAACUGCAAAGAGAUCAUCGAAGACCUAGCCAAGGUGCUAAAGAAACACGCAGGUCUGAGGAACAUCCUGCCUAUUACGACAGCCAAAGUGCCUAUUGUGAAGUUUGAACACAGACCGAGCGGACUGGAGGCAGACAUCAGCCUCUACAAUACGCUGGCUCAACACAACACCAGAAUGCUGGCUACCUACGCGGCUCUAGACCCGCGCGUGCAGUUCCUGGGAUACACCAUGAAGGUGUUUGCGAAGCGCUGCGACAUAGGUGACGCGUCCAGAGGAAGUCUGUCGUCCUAUGCAUACAUCCUCAUGGUGCUCUACUUCCUGCAGCAGAGAAAGCCCCCCGUCAUCCCUGUUCUCCAAGAGGUCUUUGACGGACAUACUGUACCACAGAGGAUGGUGGAUGGUUGGAAUGCCUUCUUCUGUGAUGACCUCGAGGAACUGCGUCGUCAUCUGCCAGAGCUGCAGCAAAACCGUGAGUCUGUGGGGGAGCUGUGGCUGGGCCUACUCAGGUUCUACACCGAGGAGUUUGACUUUAAGGAGCAUGUCAUUAGCAUCCGCCAGAGGAAACGACUCACCACCUUCGAGAAGCAGUGGACCUCCAAGUGCAUCGCUAUUGAAGAUCCCUUUGACUUGAAUCACAAUCUUGGUGCUGGAGUUUCUCGCAAAAUGACUAACUUCAUCAUGAAGGCCUUUAUCAACGGCAGGAAGCUGUUUGGUACUCCCUUCUACCCCCAGCCUGGCUUGGAGGCGUACUACUUCUUUGACUCCAAGGUGCUAACUGAUGGGGAGCUGGCACCUAAUGACAGGUGCUGUCGGGUCUGUGGCAAGAUCGGCCAUUAUAUGAAGGACUGCCCCAAGAGACGCAGGUACACUGGGAGAGAACAUCAGGGGAUGAGGAAGAAGGAGAACGAGAAAGAGGAGGAUGUGAAGGAGGGAGAUGAUCAUGAGCUGCGGGAGCGUCGCUGUUUCCAGUGUGGUGACAUGGGUCACGUACGGAGGGACUGCCAAGAGUACCGUCAUCUUAGACAGAGAGCCGCAGUGGGACUAGUUCCCCACAUGGUGCAAGCCAUGGUGAGCUCCCAGUCAAUCCCCAUCCCCCAGCCUCCACAGGACCGCCCCGGACGCACCAGACAACCCUCCGAAUGUUCUGAUUCUCACCAGACUCCGCCCUACUCCCCCCAGCCCAACCUGUUCUCCCAGGGUUCCAGCCAAUCCUCCAGCUCCCCCCCAAUCCUCCUCCUCCAAGACCUCCGCUGGAGUGGGACCCCCUAAGCAGCCCCAACACCCCCAGACCCAGGCUACAAGACCCAGUUUGGGGGUGUGAGCCAGCAGGGAUCUAGGACCUGGGAGCACAGCAAUGCGGCCCACUACUCCCUGUCCCCGUCCUGGCCUUACCGCAUGCCACAGAACUUCAUCCAGCAGGGCAACG